UGGUAGAAAUUUUAAGUUACUCUAACAACGUUUUCUAUGAAAGUACUCGCUUCCAACAGAUGGCAGCACCAUCGCUGUCCUCCAAACUUUAACCCUCACCAAAACUUCCUCUGUAUAAUAUUCCUCGACCAAGAUCAGGAGUUGCAGCAGCAGGCAAACACCGCGGUACUGAAAUUUCCUCUUUCGUCAAACUGGUGAAGCAUCACUGAGCAACAAUGCUCUUAGUGGAUUUACCAACCCAGUUAGUCCACAUCCAACCCAAUGAUAAAAGUUGACUGGGGAUUUAUUCCCUAUCCUUCCACCCAUGAAUAAGGUUGGUGAUCAGAGUGAUGAUGGAAUUCACUGUGACGCUUGAUGACAGCUCUAGGCUUCACUACGCAACACCAAAGAAAAUGGAUGAUGAUCUCUUGCCAGAUUCUGCUAACCUGGAUAUGAUAGAAGAAGGUCUUUUCUUAGGGAACAUAACAGCAGCUAUCGAUACCAAGGUACUAAGGAGCUUAAGAGUUUCUCACAUCCUGACAGUGGAGUCCAGACCUCUCCCCACUUCCAUCACUUCCCUCCCAGGCAUGAGCUUCAUGUUCAUUAAAGUUGAUGAUAUGCACCAUGAAGAUCUUCUAAGCUACUUUGAAGAUGCAUUCAAUUUCAUAAAAGAUGGGCAGGAAAAAGGAAAUGUUUUGGUACAUUGCUAUUUUGGAGUAUCAAGAAGUGCUACUCUUGUCACAUGUUUCCUGAUGAAGAAGUACAAACUGUCAGUAGAUGAAGCUCUACAGAGAGUCAAAUUCAAAAGACGUUAUGUGGGACCAAAUUCAGGAUUCCUUGCCCAACUGGCUAUAUAUGAAGUAAUGCGGUGGACUUUGGAAAGUAGAAAUGUACAGUAUGGCCUUUAUAAACUUCAAGUUGCAGCCAGAUCUGUGAUGACAGGUGGAACCCAGGGAUUGCCCUCUAGGCACCAGAAUGUUGUGCAUCCCAACCCAAACAUUGAUGCAGAUCAUGGUCCUGUUGCAUAUAAGUGUAGGAGUUGCAGGUUGUCAUUGAUUAGCCUUCAUUCUCUCGUGUCUCACUGUCCAGGUGAAACUCCAUUGUGGACUGAUCCCAAGUGGUCAGACAGAAUGGCCAAGCUUACUCUCUGUGACAAAGGAAUAUUUACCUUUCCUAUCAGCUGGAUGGGUGAUUUAACAAAAUCUGUGCAGGGAAAACUCCACUGUCCAAAAUGCCAUGCUAAGCUUGGUUCAUUUAGUUGGCAUGAAGGUCGCCAAUGUUCUUGUCAAGCAACGAUUAGUCCAGCAUUUCAUUUCAUUCCAUCUAAACUAGACAAGUGUUUCUGAAAACUUGUAGAUACUUCUGUUAAUUUUAUUUUUGUAGGAUCGAUUGCUUUGCCACCACCCAUUAAUGUUGAUUUAUUCUACUCAUUGGCAAAAAAAAUUAAGAAUGAAUAUUUGUUUGUGUAGUAAGAGAAAACAAACUGGAAUAUUUUUAUUUUCUUAUUUGUUUGUGUAGUAAAACAAACUGGAAUAUUUUUAUUUUCUUUAUGGAAACAGUAAUUUUGUAAAUUUUUUAUUUGUCUUCUCAGGGGAUGGACAUAAUGAGCCUUCUUUUA